AUGCUUGUGCAGCGUGCAUGCAAAGAGAUACUACCAACUAAUGUCAACUUAAAUAGAAGGAAGGUUGAAGUCAACACCACAUGUCCAAAAUGUGGGGAAAUGGACGAGACUGUGGUACAUGCUGAGACCACUUGGGGCAUAUGGAGGGAACGGAACAAUGAGCUAUAUGGUGAACAAACAAAGACCACCCAGGCUACCGCUGCUUUUAUUAAACAGUACAAUGCUGAGUUCAACAACGCACAAGUCCCACGCGUCAGCCAAUCUACGUCGUCCAGACACUGGUUAAGGCCAACUGAAGGGAGAGUGAAGGUGAACUUUGAUGGUGCAUUUGCCAAACAAGACAGGAAGGGUGGAGCUGGGGUAGUUAUCAGGGACCAUAACGGACACGUUCUAGGUGCUGCAGCAAUCCAAAUUCAUGCUGUCAAUGAUCCGUUCCAAGUUGAAUCUAGAGCAGUUGUCCUAUCAUUGCAAUUUGCACAUGAAAUGGGCUUUACAAACAUUGAUCUUGAAGGUGACUGUCUUACAGUUGUAAGGAGUCUGAAGAUGACAACAAUGGAUCUUUCACCCAUAGGAGUGAUUAUUGAGGAAGCCAGAAAAAGAAUGUUCCACUCUUGUAAUGUUCCGCAUGUUUUACGCUCAGGGAAUAGGGUAGCUCAUAAACUUGCCCGCCAUAGUAUACUACUAGAAAAUGAUGAGUUUUGGGUAGAAGAGUUCCUUGCUGUUAUAGCUGAGACUUUACAUGAUGAUUGUAUUCAGUAUUUGAGUAAUGAAUGA